AUGGACUGGCCGGCGUCAUAUUACGGACCCCUUGACAAAAGAAACCCGGUUAUUUCAGCAUUUAAACGAGAUAUUAAUUCGUUUUCUGCUGUGAUGAGAAGAGCCGCUUCUUCAUCCACGGAAGAUAACAGCCUCUGUGCUAAAGGGACUAAAACACUGGUUGAGAUAUGGAGAAAGUACAAACAUCGAAUACCUACCAACUUGUACCAAGAGUAUGUGUUACAGAUCGCAGAUUUUCUCUUUGGAAUAAAGUUGUAUGAUAUGGCUCUGUGGCAGGGUUAUGGCCUCCACUUGCAGCAAUAUACCCCAGUAAACAUAACUGAAAUCAAGGAUGUAGAUCACUUGAUGGCCUGCUUCUUCCCUGAGGGUCUUGACAAAGACCAAGACACUGUUCGUGCACUACAAGGCUGCAUCUUGUGUAUAUUUGAGCAGGAGAAAAGGCACAGUGUCCUUAGACAGAAGGGACUCUGUAAACUGCUGUGUGUGCUUAACUUCAUCAGGAUCAUGAUGCAAGCUUUUCAGCAACAUGAACACCUCUGCUGGCACAUAUAUAAUGGUUCGUUGCUCAUCUACAAUAUCUGCCGCUACCUGAUGACAAUGAACCAAAGUGCACAGGCACUGGAAUACCUCUUGUGGGCGUGCAUCAGUUUGGAGUUUUCCAUCCCUUUGAUGACAACUAAAUAUGUGCCAUGGAUCGUCACACUCUACUGUGCUGUCUGCCAAUGUUACUAUGACAACCAUGCUGCAGUCCAGGCAGAGAAAUUUGCCAGGAGAGCCCUUGGAAAAAUCAAUGAACUAGCAAAGCUGGAAGAGCAGAGUGGACUUUCUACCACCAGAGAGAACCAAAUGGCUUACAAAGAAGCCUCUAUCAAGCUGGCUGCAAUGAUCUUCAAGAGGGCUGUGUUUGAAGGAAGGAAGAGACCCAAAACCAUAGUUAAAAUGAAAAGCAGCCUGAAGGACAUACCAAAUGCGCCAUGGCCAUCAAACACAACAGAGCGCAUACUAAUGAGCCUGUUUGACAGCAGUGCAGCACAGUUUUUAGGCAUUUUGGAAGCACUUUGGGACAGCACCAGACGUCCACUGCAGACAGUUGUGUCAGAUGAAGCAGAGCAGCAGGAAGUGGUCCUGGAGCUCCUCUCUGCUGGCAUUAGUAUAUUAUCUGGAGUUGAACGCGGUGGCGAACAAAAGAAGGAUCAGUUGCCAUGUGGAUCUUUGAGUGCACUGACACCAUCAUCCACACUAAUUAAUUUAGCCAUUAUGGGAGAAAAUAAAGUAUCCCAUAUGUCUGCAGUGAGGUUCAUUAAGCUGUUGUUUCACUACAAGCAGUCAGAUGCCUUCACUGAACUUUCACAUGAGAUGCUGCAAGCUUUGUCUGGUAUGGAAGGCCAGUCAUUUCGGAAAGCAGAGUUGGAGCUUGCAUUACUUUACCGUUUUAACAGUCUGCCAUCUUCCCAGAAAGGUAGAGAGGAGAGAUUUUCAGUGGCAACAGAAAAACAAAAGGCUAUGUCCUGUAUAAGUGAUGAGCUCAUUGGACUGGCUGACACUCUGCACAAGUCUGUUUGUGGCAAUGCUCCUGAGCUGCAGCCAGACAAAGAUCUUGUUCUCGAUGUUGUGCUGUUUUUGUGGGAUAAGGUGAAGCUACUGAUGGAUAAGGCUCAGCAGCAAUACCCAGAGUCUAGAAACGUCCUUGAGAAGACAGAUAAUAACCAAAAGUGGAUUGAAUGUCUAUCUAUGCUGUGUGAGGUGGCCUUUGCUAUAGACCUUGCAGCUGUUGAUUGUAUAUUGACAGCAGAGAUGACGCAUAGACUGGCCAUACUGCUUGAGAGUUGUGCUAAACAAAAUAACCAAGAACACUUUCCAGGACGCAAUGAGACAUAUCAUGAGGGUGUGAAACUACAAUCAUUGUCAGUUCUUGAGGGUUCAAGUACACAGUUGCUUCAGAAAGUGUGUGAGGUGGUGGAGGCGGGUCUUCGAGCUCUGUCAAAGGGAAUUUUAACACUAAUUCCCCAGGAUGGUUCAGCAGUCACUGACUCUGCCUUCAUGCAGAAAUUUUGUCCUUCCCCAUCAUCAUCACCCUCCUUGUUUUCACCUACGCCAACAGAAGAGGAAAAGGAGGAAAAUGAAAUGAGUUCAAAAGAAAAAGAACAGGAAACUGAAGCUAAAUUGGAUAUUAAACACUCCAGACACACUCAGGAAACAUGUGUGUUCUUACUGGCCUUAGAUCUUCACCUAGAGCUGGACAUUAUUCACCACAGGGCUUCACUGAAGUUGUUGCAGCUAAAUGCAGUUUCAGAGUCUGAACUGUUUGACCGGAUCAAGAAGAACAAGGUGUCCAAAGCUCUUUUUUUGAUGCAAAAAGCUUUUCUUCUAUACAACAACAUGGAACCAAACAUCACCAGCAAAAUAAAGAGUCUACUAGAGGAGGCCUGUAGUCUGAUAGAGAAAGCACAACUGGAGGAGAAAAAGCUGUACAUGUCCACCAUCUCUACAAACAGGGCUACUACAGAAAAUGACAACAGAGGGUUGAAUGGAGAAAAAGAAAAGCCUCCACCUCCUCCCCUCUUACUCUCCCGCUCUGACCACUCUUUAACAUUUGUACCUGCACCUCACUACAUGGAAGGACAAGUCUACUGGUACCAGCUUUGUGGCCGAGCAGCUCAGGGCCAUAACCAGAAAGUCAGACUUGGAGACUGCAGCUUGCCAGGAACAGGGAAUUUGGUACCUGCAGUUUGUGACAAAUGUGUGCUGAAGGUGGAGGGACUGGAACCCAACCAGAAAUAUGUUUUUGCUGUUGCGGCUUACGACAGCCAAGGCAAACUACUGGGCAACAGCAUAGGAGAGACAACAUUCCCACUGCUGGCAUCCCUGCCACUGCCACUACUCACCACCUGGGCUCACUUGGCACAGGUGGCAUUUCAAACAGAGCAGUAUGUUAUAGCAAAGAGAGCCUGCCAGGAAUUGUGGAGCCACUAUACCUAUUCUCUGCCUGGAUCUAUCACUACAAAGGACACACCUGCCAUCACAAAGUUACAUGUCCAGACGCUGCAGCUCUCCUCUCCUCUCUUGCACCAGUUACUCUUCACUUCCAUCUUUAUUGAGACAGAGAUUGACAAUCGACAGGGAUCAUUCUACUGUGACUCAUUCAGUGACAGUGGACCAUUUAUCUGGGAACAGGAUGCCAGAUUGGCACAAUGUGAACGGAUGCUGGUAGCUGUGGAUUUGGCAUUAUGGUUAAAUGACACCAGUGCUGCCCUGCAAGCAGUUGUAAACUGUUACGGCCUUUUGGCUCCUCUAAUCUUCCAUCAGAUCAUUUGUGAUCCUGUGAUACAGGUUUUAACAAAAUGCUUGAUAGUUCUGGAGGAAAAUUCACCUCUCAAACAAAAAUGGACCGGAAACACCUCAGAGUCAUUAAUGCACAUGAUAGCCUGCAUCACCUACUAUCUGUCUAAGGCAUUACGUGUUUUCAAGGAGCAUGAGAAAGCUGCUGCAGUGAUGGACAGAGGUCGUAAACUACUCCAGGAGGUUUAUGAUGCCCAGCUUCAGAUCAGUAGAGUUAACAACGAAGCUGAUGGCUCUAAGAAAGGAGAUACUUCAGCCAAAAUGAGCCUUCAGCUAAAAGCGCUACGUGGAAAGAACAAGAAAAGAAUCACAUCUGAGGCAGCUCCCAACAAUGAGAUUUCACGUCUGCUGACUGAGUGUGAGGACCUUGCUGCAAUGUAUGAUCUUAUCUCUACCAGCACAUUAAAGGAUGUCUACCAUGAUGUGAUGAAGCUCAGAUGUAAGACAUAUUUUACUGAGUUUGCAGCACUACUGCUCCAGAGAGCCUUGGAGGAAGAACAGCCAGACCUUGUGAUAAAGUGGGGACAAAACAUUUUUGAUUGCCUUUCAAGGCGUGAUGAGCUUAUGGGACUGCCGACAAAACGUUUGGAUGGAAAUAACCAGAGUAAAGGAAGAGGCGGUGCCCUAACUCAAAAAGGAAAUGAACCACCCCAGAACAAAAACACAUCUCCUGACCCAAAAAAGAAAGCAAAGCAGACAGUGCAUCCCAACAUGCUUCAGAGAGUGAAAACUAACAGAGAUAUGAUUGCUGUGGAGAACCUACUUUCUUUGAUGUCCUCUAUGGUGCAGCGCUCUAAGAAGCAGAAGCAGCUGAGGAAAAUUUGCAGUGAGGAGCAAGUGUGGAAGUCUCACCUCAAUUAUACCGUAGCUAUGGCGCAUUUAGCAGUGCUUUACCAGGGCCUAAACCAGCUGCAUGGAGGACCUCUGAUCGAAAGGUACAGCCAGUUAAACCCCCUUUGCUUCUCCAUGGCAUACUCUGGUGUCCUGGUGCGGCAGAUGAACUCACAGCAGCAGCACUCAUCUAAAUCUGAGGUUGUUUCCGAGAGAAACGCAUCGCCCUCUGGCACCAAGGAUCAUGUGAUAGCCGCACGCAAAGGCAGAAGCAAAGAGGAGGCCAAAGUUGAUGACUCUGCUACAGAGGAUAGCGGUGAGGAUGAUGAGGACUCUUCUCAAAAUGUCGGUCAGCAGUUGGAGAUACAAAAACACACUGCUGCCUUGCUGCUGGAUUCACUUAACAAGGCUGCUUUACACCUUCGUCGAGCCAUGGUUUUGGCCCACCGUGGCAGUCACUGGACAACUCUGCAGCAUAUAUGUCAAACUACAUGGGACCAAAACUGCAGAAUGACUAUCUUAUUGCAAAGAACUGAGCAGGCUGAAUCUCCUUCCUCCAUCACCACAGAACAACUCAAAAACAUCUUCACCCCACUGCUGGUGCUGUCUGCUGACCUCAUCAUGGACAUGUUAAACAGACUAGGGUUGUGGAGGUUGUAUGAUAAUGAUUUGACUGAAGAGAUAGAAUCCAGUCUCCACUUCUCAGCUCUUUUGGAUGACACCACCAAAGUGGACCUGCGCUGGGUCAGGACCUUGGUGUUGCACACUCUCGAACAGCUUCACAACAGCCAAAAAUGGGAAAACCUGGCCCACUUUUCCCUACUUUUCAACACAUACACACAGGAGCGUUAUGCUUCGACAGUAACACCUCUACUAGUCCAUGCUCAGAGGAAGCUACUUGAAAGGAUUAGGUCUUUUGGAGGACCAGAUGUUCCACAACCUCAUCAUGUCAAGACACAGAAAACCACUGGAAAAGAGGUCACUUGCAGAAGCUACGCAGGCUGUCGUUUACUCAGUGGGUGGACUCCAGAAGUGGCACAGAAAUCUGCCAUUCGAAAAAAAUCAGCACACAUCAAUCAAACUGUUAAAGAUCCAGUUGACCUUCAAGGUGUAGAGCUGCAAAGAUCCAUGUCCCUUGUGUGUGUUCCUCUGGAUGUUGAAGACACACUGAACUGUUACCGUCAAGCUCUUGAGAGAAGGCCGCCUUGUCUCAGUGUCUUCCAGCACAGCCAGACACUACUGCUCCUCCUAAUAGCACAUACACAGCCAUACUAUGUGACACAGGAAGCUCCAAGCAGAGGUCCCAGUCAUUCUGCAAGCCUGGUCGAUUUCAGUCCUGUGAUAAUGUCCGCUCCAAACAUUCAACCUCGUGACCUGACAGAGGAAGACUACAGUAGUUUGGAUGCUCUGUACAGCCUCCCAAUCAGCCCUGACCACAUGCACACUGUAAUGGCUGCAUGCUCUUCAUCUAUUAAAUAUCUCCGCACCACCAGUCAUGAUUCCCUAAAAGUUCUGGCUUUACAUGAAAUGGGAAACCUGCAGUUCUUCAAUGGAAACACACGGGCAGCACACUCAUACUGGAGCAAAGCAGUAGACUGUGCCUUAAAGAGCUCAGGUGUCUUAGAAAAAUGGGAUGGUGUGUCUUUAGGGGGUGGUUCCCCGCAGCAAAUUCUAAAGCUGGCUGGCUUAUGGGGAUGUCUACAAGCUGCUGGCCUCACUGCCAAGAUUUCACAGUACAUUUUCACCUCAAACAUCAAUCAGCGGACACACUGUUGCCUUCUUUCUGCACACCUCUUUAAGUGUGUGCUUUGUUGCUCUCUGGCUCAGCCUCAGUCUGACCUCCAGUACGCCUCCCACAUCAUCGGAGAUGAAUUACUGCCCGGAGUCGACCUUUUCUCUGAAUUUCACAGGAUUCACCUUGGCACCACUGUGACAGGCCUGAACUUUAUCUGCCACUGGCUCUUUACCACAGGCUAUCAUAUAAUGCUUCUUCCCAUGUUGGCCCUUUAUCUACAUUUUGUUGGAACAGUGUGCAGAGAUGUGCAACGCACUGUUGAAGGCAAAAUCCUUAAGAUUCGUGCGCUUACUGAAUUAGGCUUGUUCACUGAAGCUGUAAAGGAGGUGGUUCAGCUCACGACAGGAACAGGGAUCCGUCUGCCUAUUGGACACUACAUUAACAAACACCAAAAUGUAAGGAUGUUCUACAGCAACAAGUCUCUCCUGGACAACACUGAGGUUUUGGAGGAGCUGGUGAACUGUGACUUUACUCCAGAGGUUCGAACACUUUAUGGAUCCACACUAUGCCUCCAUUUUUACCUGGCUCGUAUUCAACUAGUCUUAGCAAUAAGCAGCACCAUAUAUGGUCAUCCUCAGCCAGAAUCUUCUGAAGAUGAACCCUGUUACAAUGUCAAUCACUGUGUGAACUCAGACCAUACUGAACAGGACAGACAUGACACUGAGGCCUCUUGUCCAAAGACAGAAGAGUCCAAAGUUUUUGCAAUUACUUCUCAGAAGGAAACGCUUACUCUUGAAAGGAUUAAGUUCCUUCUGCUAGAAGCAUCCUCCUCCUUGUUAAGCUCUGUCACAAAUCAUCUCACAUCUCCGUCAUGUUGCCAUGUUGACCUUGAACUGGCUCUUCAGUCCGAUCUUCUAAAGGCUAACCUCUAUUUGCAGCAAGGACAAGCUGCUCGCAGCUGUGAGAUGGCAGUUUCAUCCUUGGCGUUGCUGCAGUCGUCUCCUGUAAUUGUGAAUGAAUCCAAAGCUGGCUCUGAGAAGUCAGGAUUUCAGCUUCCACAUGCAACAGCCAGAUGUGAACAGGACAGCAAUCAUUGCAGUCUGUUAAAUGCUGUGCAUGGAGAUUGUCAAGGAGCGGUGGAAGCCAGAGAGAGAAUUGGAUUUAGUCUGUGGCUGCGUUGCCGUUUGGCUCUGGUCCGUGGUCUGACUACAUAUUUACCUCUCACAGGUGUCUGUUUACCAGGGAAGAACAUUAAUGAGGAAGCAGCUAGGGGAAUAAAGGAAGGCAUUGAUGAAUGUGAACUCUGGGGAGACCUGGACACUCAAGCCCUUUUGAUGGUUGAAGGCGCAGAACUGGAUUCAAAGAGAGGCAGGAGUGAAGACAGUCUGAUGCUUGUGAAGGAAGCUGUGAGGUUGGUGUCAGGUCGCCCCUGCAUGCCUCCGUGGUCUUGUAUCACUGUGGCUCGGGCUGCCUUGUUACUCAGUGAACUAAGAGGAUCAGAGAGUGCCACACUUUUGAAACUCACACAGACCUUACUGAAAAAUCAGCUGUCUAUCUUUGGUCAAAGUGUUUCUGUAGCUGCUGGAGGAUUCAAUUUUCCGGGCCCUGAACCCAACAAUAUCUGUGCUCCUUAUCUCCACAUGCUGAAUCUGACAGCUUUACGUAUUGGUCAAAUCCUGGAUCACAGCGACGCCACAGAGAUACCACUGUCUGCCAAGUCAUCAGAGUCAGAUGUCAAACAGAAUUAAUGCAUUUUCAUGUAGAAGACGGAAGCAGUGAAUAGUAUA